AUGACGAUAGCUCUUACAGGAUUCAUCGAAGAUUCCAUCUCCCCGCUCGGAACCACGGUGCUCCCCAUCACCCUUGGGGAGGAAUUGAGGAUGAAAACAUUAAUGACCGCCUUCAUGGUGGUCGACCUACCAUCAGCCUAUAAUGUCAUCCUCGGUCGCUCGACCCUCAACAGGAUCCAAGCGGUGGUCUCCACCUAUCACAGAACCAUCAAGUUCCCAACCUCGACAGGGAUUGGGGGGGCUUGGAGCGACCCAAGGGAGUCGAGGCGAUGCUACCUCACCACAGUCGCUCUCCCGCCAAAGCCUCGCCCAACGACGGUUCCCGACCCCCGUGAGGCAUCUGUAUCACAAAUGACGCUGGAGCCCCCGAAAUCGCUUAUCGAAGUGCCCUUGAAGCGGGGCAGACCCGUCCAAACCAUUAGAAUCGGGACUGCGCUCCCCGAAGCAGACCGGCUUCACCUUGUCGAUUACCUAAGGGAGAACGCCGACCAAUUUGCCUGGUCCCCCGAGGAGAUGCUUGGGAUUGACUUGGAGGUGGCGCAACACCGCCUCAACGUCGACCCUGGGGAAAGACCGAUAAGGCAAAAGCUUCGAAGGUUCACCCCCGACCAGCAGAGGGUGAUCCGAGACGAGGCCGAUCGCUUCAUAAAGGCUGGGUUCAUCGCCGAGGUUAAGAUAGACCAGUUGGUCGAUGCCACCGUCGGUCAUGAACGCCUUACGUUCUUGGACGCGUUCUCCGGCUACAACCAAAUCUGGAUGGCGACCCAAGACCGAGAAGAUACUACCUUCGUCACCAAUCAGGGGGCGUACUGUUACAAAGUAAUGCCUUUUGGCCUGAAGAACACCGACGCGACCUACCAAAGGAUGGUCGACAAGCUUUUCAAACAACAGCUCGGGAGAAACAUGGAGGUGUACAUAGAUGACAUGAUUGUAAAAAGCAAGGUCGCAGGGACACAUUUGGCCGACCUGGCGGAAACAUUCCAAACCCUUAGACAGUUCAACCUGCAUCUGAACCCAGCAAAGUGCGUCUUCGGGGUCAGCUCAGGGAAGUUCCUCGGCUUCAUCAUUCACCAAUGGGGAAUUGAUACCAACCCAGAGAAAGUUCGCGCCAUUACUGAGAUGCACUCCCCCCGCUCGGCCAAAGAAGUACAGCGACUUGCCAGGAGGCUGGCAGCGCUCAGCAGCUUCACUUGGACCCCGAAAUGCGAGGAGGCCUUCAAGAAGUUGAAGGAAUGCCUCGUCUACUUGCCUCGACUCACCUCGCCUGAGCUAGGCGAGACCCUUGGCUUCUACCUAGUGGCCUCACCACAAGCUAUCAGUUCAGUGCUAAUUCGGGAGGUACCACCGAUGCAACAGCCGAUGCAUUACAUCAGCCAUGUCCUCGGAGGGCCCGAAAUACGAUACCCCCCGAUUGAAAGGCUGGCUCUCAUCCUUGUCCUGACAGCCCGGAAGUUGUGGCCCUACUUCCAAGCUCAUACAAUCAAGUACUCCCUCAGGACAGCCAUUAAAGCUCAGGUGCUAGCCGAUUUCAUUUCCGAGCUGGCGCCUGAGUACCGCGCUGUAGGGCGGCAAAGUGGCCAGGGCACGUGGACGUUGCACAUAGAUGGCUCUUCCACUUCCGAGGGGGCCGGGGUCGGGUUCGUCCUCAGAGGUCGGUCAGGAGAGGCCUAUGAAAGAUCUCUCAAAUUAAAAUUUCGGGCCACCAAUAACGAAGCUGAGUACGAGGCGCUACUCCACGGUCUGCAUCUCGCUCUGGAGUUACAUGUGGGCGAUCUUGAAGUCUUCAGUGACUCCCAACUGGUGACGGGACACAUCAAUGGGAGCUGCGAAGCCCGAGACCCCACGAUGAUAUCAUACCUAAUGGAGGUAAAGUGGCACGCCCGCUGUUUCGAUCACUUUUCAGUCACCAUAAUACCUCGGGCACAGAACGAACGGGCCAACGCACUAGCCAAAUUAGCCUCCACUCGCACCCUUGAGUCGGUCCCGACCACUGAGUCCAUGGCGGUCCCGACCAUACCAACUCACGAGGUCACCAAAACAAAUCUACCUCCGAAUUGGAUAGAAGAGAUCCUCCGCUUCAAGGCGGGUGGGAAAGAGCCCGACGAUUCCGCGGUUACAAGACGACUGAGGCGAGCUCAAGCGGGGUACUGCAUCAUCGGUGGAAGAUUGUAA